GCCACAGAAUUAAUACUAAUAUUAAUUAUUAAUUCUGUGACUUUGUGCAAAAUGGUGGUAGAAAUAUGUGAUUAAAUUUAUGUAGUGCGUGGUUCAAUAUAUAAUUUCAAUACAUUCUACAUCAAAAGAGACAUAUACCCGAUGUGUGAAAUUAGUUUUUAAAUCUGCGGUUAACAGAUCAAAUCUAGCUUAACAAACUCAACGCUAAUCUUCAUCUAUAUUUUGAGGCGGAUCAUCAUCUCCCUUGAAACUUUAACAGUAGGUGACAGUAUAUCCCUCAUAAUUUGUGGUAACAAAAAUGAGUUCUAUUGAUAAAUAUACUAGAAAUAUACGUUCUAGUAUAGAACGUAAAAGAUCCGAAGUAAUAUUAAGAUUAUCCGAAUUGGAUGAAGCUGUUAGAACGAAGUCGCCACCACGUUAUCUUGACAAGACUACAACUGAUAUAAGACAGAAUAUGAAACUAUCUGGUGCUCAGAGGAGAAAAUUAGGCAUUGAGAGAGCUAUGGCGAUUGGAGCCCCAAUUCGACCAAGAAAGAGGAGAAAACCAAGAUUAUCUCCUAGACGCACGUCUAGAAGCUCCCGAUCGCCUAAUAACAGGAAACUUUAUUCUUCUACAGAUAAAUACGAUCCAGCUUUCCCGACCAAGAACGAAUCUAUAAGAAACAAGGAAUCACUUCGAUAUGAUGCAGCUCCUUCUCACGUUAAUAGAAGUCGUAGCCCUUUCCACAGAUCGCUACCGGACAAUAGGAUUAGAAGUAGUCCUGGUCGUAAUGGAAGAAACUUCAGUCCUGAUCGGCGUGGAAGAAAUCACAUAAGUCGUAGUCCUGGUAGAACUCGACUGAAUAGAAGUCGUAGUGCCGAUCGACGAGAUGGAAAUCGUCUUUAUGGGAAUUAUCAUGUAACUCGAGAUGAUAAGCUUGAUUCUAGUAUUAGGGAGAAGAAUUCACGUGGUUAUAAUCUUUCUACGCAUGUUGAUGAUGUUAGUUCGAAUCGACAUACAUAUAAAGACAAUCGAUAUCAUUUUGACGUUCCUACAAAUGAUUUUGUGGUAGGAAAUGUUGAUUCACGUUGGCAUGAUAGUUCAAGUACUUUAAAUUCAUAUAGAAAUGAUUACGGUCCUGGAGAUAUGAGAAUGUAUGAUCAAAUCGAUAGAUACCCUAAUACUAUUACAUCGAAUAACACAGAAACAUUAAGAAGUCUUAACAACGAGGAGGAAUCACCUAUACGCCGACAUAGUGACCGCGAAAAAAAUACUAAUACUGAUAUAAUUCGUUUAUCAAUAGUACCGGUGGAUUAUCCCAAAGGAAUUUUAACAAAAUCUCAAGCGGAUGAAAUCGAAUUGGCUUUGAUUUCGCACAUCAAACCUGGAAAAGCCGGAACCGGUCCUCAAUUCAGCUACAUGAGUUUUUUACAAAAAACUUUAAUCGCCGGAUGUAAAAACUUCGAGACUAAACGUUGGUUGGAAGAUGUUGUACCAAAAUUGAAGAUACGAAACGUCGGGCCACUUAAAAUUCUUAGUACCAGAGAAUUGGAAAGAACUGAUAAGUUGCCUAAGGUGACAAUGUUCGUACCAAAUCCUAUAGCUAAAAAACCGACUAGUACACUGUUAUCUUUAAUCAAGACGCAGAAUGUUGGAUUAGAGACGGAGAAUUGGCGAAUUUUGGGCUUGAAUGAUAAACCUGGUGGAAUGAGUCUGGCGCUUUUAAUAGACAACAAUUCUCUCGCUACUCUUGAGAAACUUAAUUUGAAAGCUUGUCUUGGACUUACACAAGCGAAAUUUACCAUAAUCCGAGGAAGAAAGGAGAGCGGGCAUCAAUAAAUUUAAUCCAAUAAAUAUAUAUAUAUAUGAGUUGUGUGAAAUUCGUACUCCAAGAAGCUGCAGAAAAUUAUAUCAAGAAACAUAGAGACAAUUUCAUUAAAUGUUUGUAAGUGUUAAGUGUUGAAAUAUAUAUACCUACAGCUGUGGUAAUUGAAAAUCAGAAUAAAAUGUUUCGAGGCAUUAUUUUCAUUAA